AUGAAGCUUGUAAUCAACCUGCUUGUCCUGGAUAACCCUAAGUCUGUCCACAUCGGUCCCAUUUCCUAUUUAGGAAGGUCGCGACGCGUACCGCAUGAAGAGAAGAUGGGGAUCCCAAGACAGCGAAGACCAGGAAGGCUGAGCCUUGAGUAUGUCAUAGACGUACCCCACGAUAUACCCCGCGAUGUCUGGGAGGAAGCGAAUACCGUCACUGGAUUGGGAAGGCCGCCUGUGCUGUCAUAG